AUGGAAGCGAAUGCUCAAGACCGGCUUGUAUUCAUUAAACUCGGUGGAAGCCUCAUCUCCGACAAAACAAAGCCCGAAACCCUGCGUGGGGAGGUUCUGGAUCGAAUUGCAAGAGAGAUACGGGAGGCCAUCUCCGAGUGGGAUGACACCACCAGGGUUAUCGUGGGGCACGGGAGCGGGUCAUAUGGGCACGUUGCCGCCGCUAAGCACAGCACCAUCGACGGCGUAUCGGGGGCCAUCCAGUGGAGGGGCUUCUGUGACGUCAGUGAUGCGGCGUCCCGCCUCAACAGGGCUGCCUACACGUCGUCGUAG